ACUUAAGUUUAGCCUUCUCUUCCAUCUGCAUCUGAUCUUACAUGCAUUCAUCUGCAAGAACCACAAUGAGCCAAAGCCAACAGUCAUGUGUGACCAAGCCUGGAAAGGCUGGUGCUGGACGUUCAUGUGGAGCUCGGAGCUUUAGUAGUUGCUCAACUGGUGGUGGGUAUGGCAGACUCAACUUCUCUUCAUCUUCUCUGAUACGAUCUGGAGGGCCUCAGAGUUACUCUGUGCACCUUGGUGGUGGAAGUGGUAAAUAUGGCACCAACAGUCUUUACUGCUUAGGAGGAAGCAAACGGAUUUCCAUAGCUACUGGCACCAAUAGGGGAAUAAGCACAGUGGGAAAAGGAUUAAGCUUCAGUGGUGAAUGUUAUCCUAUUUGUCCACCUGGAGGUAUCCAAAAUGUUACUGUCAACCAAAUCCUCCUUCAUCCAGUAAAAGUUGAUAUUGAUCCAAACAUCCAGAGAGUCAAAGCACAAGAAAGGGAGCAAAUUAAAUCUCUCAACAACAAAUUUGCAUGCUUCAUAGACAAGGUCAGAUUCCUUGAGCAACAGAAUAAAAUUCUGGAAACAAAAUGGAAGUUUUUGCAAGAACAAAGUAAAAAACGGGCCAACAUGAAAGACUGCAUCAAACCAUUAUUUGAGGCGUACAUUAGCAGUCUGCAAAGACAACUGGAUACCACUAAGAAUGAAAAAUGUCGUCUUGACGGAGAUCUGAGAAACAUGCAGGAUGUUGUCGAAGAUUUUAAGGCUAAAUAUGAAGAAGAGAUUAACAAACGUGCCUGUGCUGAAAAUGAAUUUGUAUCAUUGAAAAAGGAUGUUGAUAUCGUGUACAUGCAAAAGACUGAUCUGGAUGGCAAGCAAGAUGCCUUGGUGGAUGAGCUAAAUUUCCUGAAGACUUUGUUUGAUACGGAAUUGGCUGCUAUGGAAGAACGAAUUUCCAACACCAAUGUUGUCUUGACUAUGGACAACAACCGAGAAUUGGAUUUGGAUGGAGUAAUUGCUGAGGCUAAAUGUCAGUAUGAGGAAAUUGCAGCCAAGAGCAGAGCAGAGGCUGAAGCCAACUAUUCUAGACAAUACCAGCAGCUCAAAGACACAGCGGGGGUUCAUGGGGAUAAUCUGCGCAAUCAGAAAAAUGAGAUCCAGGAUCUGAACAGCAUGGUAAAGAGAAUACAUGGAGAAAUCGAAUGUGUAAGGAAACAGAUUUGUGCACUAGAGACAGCAAUUAAUGAUGCUGAAGGGCGCGGGGAUGUUGCUUUGAAAGAUGCCAAAAAUAAAUUAUGUGAACUGGAAGCUGCUCUGCAGAAAGCCAAAGAAGAUCUUGCAGUUCAGCUACGUGACUACCAGGAACUGCUUAAUGUAAAAAUGGCCCUGGACCUUGAGAUUGCAACCUACAGGACUCUUCUGGAGGGUGAAGAAAGCAGAAUGCAUGGCGAAGUUGACAACAACGUUACAAUCUCUGUCUUUAGCAGCGCUGGAAAGGUGGCCAGUUCUGGUGUGAGCUGUGGAACAGGAUCCUGCAGUUUCCCGAGGAGCAGUGCAGGAGGAGCUGUAUAUAACAACAUCAUGAAGGCGAGCAAUUCUGAUGCUUCUGGGUGUGGAACAGGAAAAUGCAACAUCAACAGCAAAGCAGCUUGUAACACAGGAGGGAUUGCAGUACUUGCUUCAACUGCUUUCAGCAAGAAGAACUAUUAAGGGAAUAUAAAAACCUUUAGUAUCAGUGCCAACAUUUUACACUGAAAGCUAUUUUCUUACUGAAAACUACUUUGCAUAAAGCUUUGAUAAUAACUAAGGGGGAUAUUUGUAUUUGGUAUUGUUUUCUGUUCUUUAGCCUUGGCAAACUAAAGCAACAUAAUAAUCACUUGAUGAUAGCAUGUCCUUCAUCUCGCACUAUAUAACAUUACUGUACUGGCAUGUACUGUAUCUUGUAACUGUGUAUCUAUAAUUCAAUAAACUGCAUAUUAAAUUCA